CAGUCACUGUGCCUAAAGGUGUUGUUACCCAGUACCGCUAUUUCAAAGGCUUCUUUCUAGAGUCCAAGAAACAUCUGUCAGUGUUGGUCAGCCACAGACAAACUGCCCAGGUGGCCUCCUCUAAUCUAGCAGUGGGCCUUCAUUGCACCUCGAAGCCUCGUGUGUGAAAAUAGGCAUAGAAAACAAACUGAGAGAGCAGAGAUCAAAAUUCCUUGGAAGGAAAAAACACCCACUGUGCAUGCUUUGCUACAGUUUUUGUUGACUUUGUUUAGCCUAAACAUAGAGUGUGUUUUUAUGCUUUUUCUAAAGCAGGUGGAGCGCUCUUUGUGUGAGGAUGACUUAACCUGAUUUCAUAAUGUGUUUGUACUGUGUUUUCGACAAGAUGCUAUGUAGAUUACAGAGAAAUCUCUGCAAGCUCACACUUGAUGCCUUACUGGUUUAAUUUAAGAACAGCUCCCAUUUUAUGAAGUAUGUUGGGUUUGGGGUUUUUUUUGUUUCUUUGUUUUUGUUUUGUCGCACUUCAACUCAAGUUAUAUUAUUGUGUUUAAAAAGUCCUAACAGGCAAAAAAAAAAGAUUUUAAAUAAAUGACAAGAUGUCUUUAACUAGGUGGUGAAUCGACAGCCAUUGAGUCUUCUAGGGAGGUUUUCCCUCUAAAAAUGUAUUGGUAUAUACAUGUUGUUUCUGUUGUGACUAUUACUUAGUUAAAAGAAGAUAACAUAAACAAAGAAAUGUUUCCUUCUUUUUUUUCUUUUCUUUUUUUUACACGUCACUAACAAAUCCACUUUUCAGAUUUCAAUCCAUGGUGGCUGACUGCCCUUUCUGGGGAUCGGUGACUAUGCUGGCUCUAAUUCCUUUCUCACGGUCUGGUCCAAAGACAGCUUUGAGACCAGACUGAAAAGUAGGUUAAUGUGUCUGAUUUGAAAACCCUAACAUUGUACCAAACAUUGGAAUUGCAGAGUGCAGGUGGUCCCUGUCAAGUGAUAGUCAAUAUGUGGGAGAUCCAUCAUCGCCCCCGCACGAUGAGCCCCACAGCAACACACCAGAAUAUUGAUGAUGGACAGUUUGGAUUUCACAAUGGGAUAAACUGUGUUGACUCUGGGUGGCUGACAUGUCAGACAGAAAUUCGCUUACGUCUGCACCAUUCCAAGAAGGCUCCAGUGUCCAUCACUAAGAAAAAAUUCAAGAAGUCUCGCUUCAGGAUCAAGUUGACAUUAGAGGGCGUUGAGGAAGAGGAAGACGAUGAGGAUGAAAACGAGCUCAGUCCUUCAUCUUGGCACAAGAUGACCACCACUCUGGAAAUCAGUAUGAUUAGUGCCAAUGGCUAUAAGUCACGCCACUCGCAGCCUGAGUGUGGCUAUGCUCUGGAGCCUUCCCAGUGGACUGAGUACAGUAUUCACACCAUGGACCCAGAUAACCUUGAGCUCACAUUUGAGUUCUUUGAGGAGGAUCUGAGUGAGCAUGUAGUCCAGGGGGACAUCCAUCCAGGACAUGUAGGCGCUGCCUGCCUCCUCUCUUCUUCAUUUUUGGAGAGUGGCAAUGAUAUUGGAGUAGUCACUCUUCCCAUAAUGGGACGAAAUUCCAGGCAGACCAUUGGAAAAGUAAGAGUGGAUUACCUGGUAAUCCGACCCAUCCAGGGGCUGCAGUGUGACAUGAGCUCUUCAUACACCAAGUACUGGAAAAAGAGAGGUACUUUGGAUGUGGGUCACAGGGGAGCAGGCAGCACCCAUGCAGCCAAGCACCACAGAAUCCGAGAAAACACAAUAGCCUCAUUUAAAAGUGCUGCUAAGCAUGGCGUAGCCUUUGUAGAGUUCGAUGUUCACCUCUCCAAGGAUGCUGUUCCUAUUGUAUACCAUGACCUGACUUGCUGCAUAUCCACUAAGAAGAAAAAUGACAAGAACCUGGAACUCAUUGAGGUGCCAGUCAAAGACCUGACAUAUGAUCAGCUGCAGCUUUUGAAGCUGGCUCAUGUCACUGCAAUGAAAGUAAACGAUCACAAAGAUUUGCUGGAUGAUGAAGAUGAAAUUGAUGAGCAUCAGCCAUUCCCCUCGCUCUCACAGAUCUUCCAAGCUGUUCCUGAAAACGUCGGCUUCAAUAUCGAGCUCAAGUGGAUCUGCCAGAUGAAGGACGGGUCAUGGGACGGAAACUUAUCAUCUUACUUCAACAUGAACACCUUUUUGGACAUCAUCCUGACAGAUGUUCUGCAGAAAGGUGGAAAAAGACGCAUCGUGUUCUCCUGUUUUGACCCGGACAUCUGCACCAUGGUGCGUCAUAAGCAGAACAAGUACCCCAUCCUCUUCCUCACUCAGGGAAUUUCAGACAAGUAUCCUGAGAUGAUGGACAUCCGGUGCCAGUCCACUAAAAUUGCCAUGAGCUUCGCCCAGAGUGAAAAUAUUCUGGGAAUCAGCGCCCACACAGAAGAGCUGUUAAAGUACCUUAGCUACAUUGGGGAUGCCCAGUCUAAAGGCUUAGUGGUAUUCAGCUGGGGGGAUGACAACAAUGAUCACGAAACCAGAAGGAAGCUGAGAGAGCAGGGAAUCGACGGGCUCAUCUAUGACAGUAUUGGUGAGGACUCAAUAGAACAGCCAAACAUCUUCCAGAUAGAGGAACAACACUCCCUGCAGGAGGUUAUUACAGAGACCCUAAAGAGCUCAUCGUGUUCCUGCUACUCGAUUCCCUGCUCCCUGGCACCAUGCAUUGCCUCAAAGGACCGUGGUGGAAACCUCGAGUCAGACUCUGGUCUCAGCUCCUCAUAAAUAUCCCUAAAGAUCUACCUUUCUCUGUACUGUUGCUACACAGACAAACUCAAGAGGACCAUGGUAGAAAUGGGUGACUCUAGAAGGUUUAUAUCACUAAAACCACUCAGACCACCUUCACUCCACUCCAGUCAUUAGCAGGUUUUUGCAGGCUGUCGUUUAGCUUCCGUGAAGUUUUAUUAUUUACUUUCUGUUGAACACGUGUAUGUUUAGCCAAAAAGUGAAAGCAGCCACAAAUGCUUUUCGUUUUUCUCUGUCAGACGCCGGCCUGUUUGUAUAAGAGCAGUCUGCACAGAGGUUUUCAUCGUGCUGGAAACGAGGUUAAGCUGACAAAUUGUUCAUGAGUGGAUAUUUAUGAAGCCAAUGUUACAUCUGUUCUAUCGAAUGCAAAAUGCAUGUGGUGUGGUUCAGGGGUCUGUUUUUAUGUGCGUGUAACCAUGAUUUAUUGAUCCUAAAUAUCAAUAAUCAGUUGCUGGGUUUAUUUUGCAUACCACCUGUUCACUGCACACAAAAAUGUUUCAAUUUGAUGAUGUUUAGAGGUUACCAUACCACUCUGAUCCUCUUUAUGAUGCCUUCAAACUCCUGAUUAUUGACUUGGUAAUAAGUAGCCAUUAUUUUAACUUGGAUACAGCACACUGGAUGUACUGUUUUUUUGAUUACUUUUUUCUCCUUUGUACUUGAUUUGAGGUUAAAUGGGAAACUGUAUUUAUUUGCAGUGCACAUUUAUACCACAGCCUUAAAGGGGGAAAAUGCUUAUGUUUGCCUUUUUAUUUGAACAUUACCAAUACCUCAAUCACUGAUUAGAAUAGACUUGAGUUGAGAUGCAUACACUUCCAUACUGUGUAUAUAUUAUUGGAAUUCACAACACCAAUGAUGGUUUUUGGGUGGCGGACUCAUUUCUGGUGGACAUUACCCUUUUUAGAAGUGUGUAAAUCUGUGUUAUCGCACAAUUUUUAACCACAAAGACUGAUGAUUGCUGCAUGUAUGGUCUGUGUAUCUGAACAACUGAAAGAAUGAAAAGUGUCUAAGAUAUAAAUAAAUAAAU